AUGUCCUCUCAACGGAUAAUCAAAUUAAACAUUGGCGGAACAGUAUUCCAAACUACAAAAGACACAUUGACAAGAUACGAAGGCAUGUUCAGAACCAUGUUUGAGACUGAAAUCCCUCUAGAAAAAGACGAAAACGGAUGCAUAUUCAUCGAUCGAGACGCCAAACAUUUCCGACUAAUUCUGAAUUUCCUCCGUGAUGGUCACAUAACUCUCCCAGAUUCUGAAAUAGAAGUAGAGGAGAUUUAUAAAGAAUCCAGCUACUAUUUAUUGGAUGGAUUGAUGCAUUUGUGUCAGGAAAGAUGUAAUGAUGACAGGCGGUUGAAGGAGAUGAGGCAUAUUGAGAAUAAGACGGAGUUAUUGAAAACAGUCUUACAUUCCAGGAAGGCAUUCCUCAUAUUCUUCUACGAACCAGAGAAUGUAGUCCGCGUGGAGAACUUCUUCAAUGAAGGUGUCUUUCCUGCAACGAUUGCUCAUUUGAAAAAGUUUAUUGCGGAAUUUGAAUCGAAAUUCGAUUUUUAUUAUACGGCAGGAGGUAGUGAAGAAGGAUGGUCGUGUGUACACUACAAAGACUACAAUUCCACGUUCAUUGCGGCUUACAGUUGGUCUCGCGACUUUUUGGAUGAUAUUAGGAUGAGCCUGAAAGAUAAGGAGCUUUGA